AUGUCAGAACCAAUCCCCGAAUCAAUACCAACGUCCGCUGACCCUCGCUCCCGACGUCCCGUCAAACGAGCCCGCGGCGCCAACACAGCACUCGCUGCGCAAGCCUACGAAGUAGAGACACUCUUCCUCGACCCAGAGCGGCCAGUCCACAUCCCGCCGGUGUCAAGUGAGACCAAACGCACAGUCGCGGCUCCUCCAGAAAUCGUUGCCAAUGUCCAAGGCUCAUCUGCCGGCGCCGGCUCUGGCGAAUUCCAUGUUUACAAAGCGAGUCGGCGGCGCGAGUACGAACGUCUUCGGGUGAUGGACGAGGAGGCCAAGAAGGAAGAAGAGGACGAGGCCUGGGCGAGACAGGAACGGGAGCGGCGCGAAAAGGACGAGGAGAAGACAAGGAAGAACCGUGAGAAGAGAAUGAAGAAGAAGGGAAAGAACAAGGGGUCAGAGAAGGACGGAGCAACAAACAAGGAAAGUGAAGCUGCCAAUGGGAACAAGCUGAACGGGGUCAAGAGGACCGUCGGAGGUGGCGGAUUGCAAAUACCACGACGAGGGAGUAGAGACGACGACCAGGGAAGCGAUUUUGGAGUCGCGGAAGUGGCCAAAGAAGUCGGCAUCACAAUUCAUGACGAUGAUUGA